GCGGGUAACGGUUGGUUUUUAAUAUUGUUAACGUAAUACCUAUAUUGGAAGACCUAUAGAGAGAUAUUUGACAUCAACACAACAUGCUUGCAUAUUUGGCUCUAACGCUCUGUCUGGGCGUGGCCAUGGCCAAUAAUAAUUUGCGUGUGGCCUACGAGUGGCGCGAAAUCGACUUCAAAUAUGAGAGCUAUGAUCAACGCUGGCAAGCCAUUGAGGCUGGCUCAUUUAAGCCGGCCAAUGUAAUACCUUAUGGCUUGGAGGUCUAUCGCUCGCGUUUGUUUAUAACGCUGCCCAGGUGGCGUGCCGGUGUGCCCGCCACUUUGGCCUACCUUGAUCUUAAUGAUACGAGUACACAAACGCCUGCGCUGACUCCUUUCCUCAACUGGCAGUCGCAAAGCUUAAGUGAAGAGAAUCCAGAGCUUGUUUCAACUUUCCGCGUUCGGGCCGAUCGUUGCGGUCGCCUGUGGGUGCUAGACUCGCGUAUUUCCAGUGUUCUGGAGCAAACUAAACUAUAUGGCCCGGCACAGCUGCUCAUCUACGAUCUGCACAAUGACAAUCUGCUGCGUCGUCAUGUGUUCCCAGCUGAACAGAUGAAACAGAACUCGUUCUUUGCCAAUCUAGCUGUGGAGGGUCAUGACUGUGAGAACACGUAUGCAUAUGCUGCUGACUUGGGCAGUCCUGGACUGGUUGUUUAUUCAUGGCGGGACCAGGAGUCUUGGCGCGUGCAGCAUCACUUCUUCCAUCCAGAUCCCAUGGCUGGCAACUUUAGCAUCAAUGGCAUUGAGUUUCAAUGGGACGAUGGGCUUUAUGGAUUGGCCUUGUCUAAGCCAGAGACUUCAGGCUUUUCCACACUCUAUUUCCACCCACUUACCUCAUCUAUGGAGUUUUCGGUGAACACGUCUGUGUUGCGCAACAAGACUCUGGCCACUUCGGGUCAAAUAUAUCGUGAGUUCAAGGUGUUGGGCUCACGCGGUACAAAUGGUCAGGCAGGUGCACAGUUUUUGGAUCAAGAGACGGGAGUACUCUUCUAUACGCUGCCCAAUAUGAAUGCAGUGGACUGCUGGAAGACUUCGGACGGAAUGUAUACGGAAAAGCAACGGGGCCGUGUCUAUAUGGACGAUAAGACUAUGGUGUUCCCCAGCGAUAUCAAGGUGGAUGAUAAGCACAAUCUCUGGGUGCUGUCCAAUCAGCUGCAGGAAUAUAUCUAUGAUGAGCUCUAUCCGGGCUCUGUUAACUUUCGCAUACUAACGGGUAGCGUGCAGGAGGCUAUAAAAAAUACGGCAUGCGAUACAAAGGCCAAGCCAUUCCCAGAACUGAUUAACAAGUUAGGCGAUAUAUUGAACCCAGUUACAAAUACGAAAGCUGCUGGUUCGGGACCACGUUCCGCAGCCUCCACCUACAGUCUAAGUGCCGCGCUCAUUUCCUGCCUUUUGCUAUUUGCCAGACUAGCGUAGACUUCAAGUUAUUUCUGAGUUUCUUCUUAAUAGUAUUAAGUUACUUAGUUCUGGAUCUUUCCAUUAGUUUGUAUAAUAAAAUAAUAAUAAUAAAUUUAUUGAACAAUAA